AUGAGUCUAGAGGAUGCUGAAGAUUUGGUUCUCCACAUGAUAUUAUCCAAAGUCGGUCCUGAGAAUAGAACACAGCUAGAGUUGCUUGUGUCAGCAAACGCCUUCAAGUUUCCGCCUCCGAGGAAUCUCUCUGGUCCAUCUUCUGUUCCCUUGACCUCAACAUCUCUACUCCUCUACAUGACUACAUCCCCAUGGAGAUUCUCUCCUUCCUUCAAGUGUGAUAAGGGGCCUCCAGGGCUUAUUGGUGGCUAUUCUGCUUAUUGGCAUAAAGUUAAUGUCUACUUGCUACCUCUUAAGGAAGUGGUAAGGCAGACAAUCGAUAUCAUGGCCGGCGAUCAUAAUACUAUCUCCAAGAACAUUGUCGUUGUGGCUGUAUCAGCAGCGCCCAGUUCGAAGAAGAUGUUUUUCCUUGAUUGCACAAACGGACAGCUUUAUACUGAAAACACAAGUUCUCACCAAAUGCUUCCUUGUGUUCCCGAGUCUUUGGUUUGCAUCAACGGCGAUCAACAAGAGGACGCCAUGCUGCUUUGGUUAGAAGAACAUGGCAGGAGGUUACAAACUGGUGCUACCAAAGUCCGUGAACAGGAUAACAUUAAAAGUAUCAGUUUGUUUCCCGAGAUUCCUCCCUUGUGUUCUAUCUCUGUAACUAAUGGUGUGCAGGUGCGUGCGUCUUCUGUGUUUAUGCCUGAAGUAUCUAAUCAUCUGGAUAACCCACCGGUAUACUCGUAUGCAUGUUCCAUCCGGAUGUCUCUCAUGCCCAACUUUAACAGGAGACACCGUAGCUCUUGGCAAAUGUAUUCGAGACAUUGGGUUGUCCGAGCUGAUGACGCGGUAAUAGGUGAUGUUGAUGGAGAAGUUGUGCUACUUAAGAAUCCGCUCUUACAAGCCAAGGAAGAAGAGUUUGUGUAUAGGUGUAUUUCCCAAUUUCCAACAAGUAAUUUAUCCGUUGAGGGAUCUUUCACCUUUGUGCCUGGAAGUUUGCAAGAUCCGAAAGGACCUCAAUUCGAAGUCAACGUCGCAGAGUUUCCUGUGAAGUUACCAGACUACAUCUUCUAA